AUGGAAGAUGUAGAGUACGUGGAAGAGAAUGGACUGGAUUUAUUCUUGAGACUUGGCGCUCCGUGGCUAGUACUCAAGACUGGUUGUCAGCACAUUGAUACAUUUCUGAAAGGAGGCAUCAGCAAGGGUAAGCUUACCGAAUUUGUGGGCGAUGUUGCAGCUGGAAAAACUCAGCUAUGCUUGACGCUCACAGCUAAUUUAUUAAUCAGUGACAGAAAGCAAGAAGACAGAGUAAUUUACAUUGAUACAAAUGGUAGCUUCCGCGGCACUCGCCUGAAACAAAUAAUGAGAUCUCGAGGCAUACAGGAUGAAAAUGAGGCGGAAAAGAUGAUAAGCAAAGUUUUGGUAGCACGAGCUUACGACGAAAACGAUUUGAGACUCAUACUCACAAAAGUAGAGGAAAAGAUUUGGAGGACAGAGAUAGAAACUAAUGUUGAGCAAAUUCUAAAACAAACCCACUUAUCAGUUGUGAUGAAUAAAGGUAUAACUCGCACAGCGGCACCACCACUUCGAGAUCAUACUUCACAGAAUCAUUUCUGUAGUGUGUAUUUCGUCGCUUUUAGAGAAAGUGCAUCGGAGUGCAACCGCGAUGAUGUGGCAUGGCGUCGCUUCCAGAGCGUGAAACAACGUCCAACUCUUAGGCUAGGAGAGAUGGACGAUGAACAAAAUUUUGUUUUGCUUAUAAUCGACAGUAUCGGUGCAGCUUUAGCAUUUACGGCUUGGGGCUAUUUUGAAGGAGGAGUAAGUCAAAUUAUAUUAGGUCGAGAGAUUCAAGAUGAAAUAAUUGCUAGACUACAUCAAAUAGCACAUCGCGGAAUUGCCGUAAUGACAACCAAUCAUUUUGUUUACUGGCGUGGAAAGCAAUCACCUGCACUCGGCAAAAAAUGGAUCAGAGCAGUUGAUCACAGAUACUUGCUUUGUAAAUUACCAGAUUGCGGUCAUUAUAUCGAAGCAAUUAAUUCUGAAUCUCGCAACGUGCGUAAUUAUUUAACAGUUAUCUCCAGUUGGCGAAAUAGAUACUUGCUUGCAUAG